GCUGUUAGCCUUGCCUUGUUGCACACCGGGAGUUCUGCUCCAUCUUUGUCUCAGUCAUGUCUCGGGGAUCCAGCGCGGGGUUUGACCGGCACAUCACCAUCUUCUCCCCCGAGGGCCGGCUCUACCAAGUGGAAUAUGCCUUCAAAGCUAUCAACCAGGGUGGGCUUACAUCUGUCGCUAUUCGAGGAAAGGAUUGCGCUAUUAUUGUUACACAAAAGAAAGUUCCCGACAAGCUGCUAGACUGCAGUACAGUUACCCAUUUAUUCCGAAUAACUGAAAGCAUUGGCUGCGUGAUGACUGGAAUGACAGCCGACAGCAGGUCACAGGUACAGCGAGCACGUUACGAAGCUGCAAAUUGGAAGUACAAAUAUGGCUAUGAGAUUCCAGUUGAUAUGCUCUGCAAACGGAUUGCCGAUAUCUCUCAGGUGUACACACAAAAUGCAGAAAUGAGGCCCUUGGGAUGCUGCAUGAUCCUAAUUGGAGUCGAUGAGGAAAAUGGACCGCAGGUCUAUAAAUGUGACCCCGCUGGCUAUUACUGUGGCUUUAAAGCCACUACAGCUGGCGUCAAGCAAACAGAGGCCACUAGUUUCCUUGAAAAGAAAGUGAAGAAGAAGCUGGACUGGACCUACGAGCAGAGUAUCGAGACUGCAAUUUCCUGUCUUUCCACUGUUCUUUCCAUCGAUUUCAAGCCAUCUGAACUUGAGGUUGGGGUAGUGACUCUCGAUGACCCAAAAUUCAGGAUCCUCACAGAGACCGAGAUUGAUGUCCAUCUUGUUGCACUAGCAGAGCGUGACUAGUGCCAUCAUGUCUGUCCAGAAAGACUCUCACUUUACGCGCUACAUACACAUUGAUUUGUCUGUCUUUUUGUUUCUUUUCCUCUGUAUAAAUAAAGCAGAGCUUUUUU